AUGCUGACUCUCUUCGCACACGGCUGCGACCCGACAAGGCACUCGGCCACGUUCGAUGCCGCCACGCCGCUUCUCGAGGCGGCUUUUGAAAUCGCACGGACCGGGACUGGAGGCCCGUUCGAGCUCGGCUUCUCGUCAAACAUGUCGGCGGCCGGAGCGAACCCGUCGUCGCUGUACGCACAGGCGCUCCUCGGGCCGUGGGGAGAGGGCGACACGCACUCUCGGAAACAUUACAUGCGGGACGGGCAGUAUGCGUUGAAGUCCCGCGACGCGGUGGUUUCGAUGCUCUGCACUCCGCCGGAGCGGGAGUCCACCUACUUUUCGUGGGAAACGUACGUGUCGGAGCGGCUCUCGUGGCCAGUGAUGGAGUGGAACCAAGGGCAGGGCGCGCCGAUCAGCACGUUGAUCAAUGCGGCGACACUAACGUCGGACCACCGGAAAGCUGGGGACACCGGCUUCUCUCCCUUCAACCGGAGCCUGAUCUUGGUCACGACGGCGGACGCCGCCACCGCCGCAGCGGUUGCCUCCGCCAUGGAGCGCGUUGCGCCCGCGCAGACGGAUGUCCGCGUCGUCACGCUGAACGGCACGCAUAUCCAACUCGCUUUGCACACGCCGUUCUGA